GGUCAUCCUUUUAAUAAUGCUGUUAAUUAGGGCUGGCUCAUGAUUUUACACACCUCUAAAAUAAUCUCUUUUGUCACUUUGAUUUCCCCGCAGCGUUGCUUCAUCCGAAGAAUGGACAAUGUGUUGGAGGAGGGGACGGAGGAGGGAUCAGACACCACAGCGGCCGCUAUAAACACCAGCCUCGAUGGCGCUGCAGACAUCUCCACUACCUUCUUGCCCUACUAUCAGCACUCUCUGUGUGUGUCUGUCCUCUACAUCCUGGCCUACUCAUUCCUCUUCCUGCUGUGUAUGGUGGGGAACAGCCUGGUGUGUCUCAUCGUACUGGAAAACCGACGUAUGCGCACAGUCACCAAUCUCUUCAUCCUCAACCUGGCUGUCAGUGACAUACUGGUGGGCCUCUUCUGCAUCCCUAUAACACUGGUGGACAAUCUCAUCACAGGUUGGUCCUUUUCUAACAUCGUGUGCAAGACGAGCGGCUUUGUGCAGGGAAUGUCUGUUUCUGCAUCAGUCUUCACCCUGGUGGCCAUCGCUGUGGAAAGGUUUCGCUGUAUUGUGUACCCUCUACAACCCAAGCCGACUGUAUUUGUUGCAAAGGCAGCCAUCGGGUUGAUCUGGUUGCUGGCGGUGGUGCUCAUGUGUCCUGCUGCUGUGGCACUGACUGUGGAGAAAGUUCCUUUCCACAACACCGUGUACAACAAUGACUUCAACAACACGGCCGCCCUGUACACCUGCUCCGAAAACUUUGCCACCCCUCAGAUGAGAAAGGUCUACACGUCGGUUCUGUUUACUAACAUCUAUUUGGUGCCGCUCACCAUCAUCACACUGAUGUACGGCUGUAUCGGAGCCAAACUGUGUUCUUCGGUGAUUGCAAACAGAGAACCGCAGCAGGCCAACGCCACAGUCCAGGUUGGCGGCAGAAGAGCUGGUCAGCCAAUGAUUUCUCAGAAAAAGAUGAAGGUGAUAAAGAUGCUCAUCCUGGUGGCUUUGCUUUUCAUGCUGUCCUGGUUACCACUGUGGACCCUCAUGAUGAUGACCGACUACGGAGGCUUGGACAGAGACCAGCUGGAACUACUGGCCAGCUACAUCUUCCCCUUCGCCCACUGGCUGGCUUUCUCCAACUCCAGCAUCAACCCCAUCAUCUACGGCUACUACAAUGAGAACUUUAAGAGGGGCUUCCAGGCGAUGUGCAAGUCCAGGCCCUUCUGUUGCCUCAUCCAGUGCCAGCUGUGGAGCAGGACGGCCAUGUGGGGCAGGAAAGACAAGUCUGUGCAAGCACCUUGUAGAGGGAUGGACUGCAAAGAUGUCACUAACACUCACAAUCAUUUUGUUUUGGGGCUGAGAAAUCGAGUCCAUAACAUCAACCAGUUGAAUGAAAUAGCAGACGUGGAUAAGAGUGUAAAGGUGGCGUGUGUGGCAGUCCACUCAGGGGGAAGUCUUCCAGAUCAAGGGUUAGAAAUGACAGUGGUACAUAAGAAAGGCAGUAAUGCUGAGGGGUCAGAGAGGGUUGGUCAACGGGCAGCUUCAGUGCAUCAGGCGUGGAUAUCCGAGUGUGCACAAUGA